GUGGCAUUUGGAAAGGAAUGAGAUAUCCUUAUACAAAUAUUCAUAAAGAGCGAAUUGAAGUAUUCUUCUUAGUAUGGCAUUCCUUAAGCUGAGUUUGAUUCUGGCCACUCUUAUCAUCGCAGCCACUAUGAAUGCGCCAUGGUCCUCAAAUACAAAUGUCGUUUCUGCACGGGAUGUUGAUUACGAUAUCUCAGGAAUCGAGAGGAGGAUACUGCCGCAACUUAAUACUUGUGGGAGACUUUGUAUUUCAACCGUUGAUUGCGGUGACUGCAUAAUUUGUUGUACCUGUCGUGCGUCGCCUGUUUACGAUGAAUCUCUAUGUUUCGU